GUCCUGGGCUAUGUUCUGGAGGUUGGUGGUACCUUAAUUGGUGAGGACGGCUCAUGGUAAUGGCUGGAGCAGAAUCACUGGAAUAGUAUCAAACACAUCAAACACAAUGGAUUCAGGGGUUCAGGAGUACUUCACAGAGGAGCUGCGAGCUGAGGGAGUGAGCCACCUGCCCCAGCCAGUGACCAGUGAUGUCCAGAGCACAGAGCGCUACAAAGUGUACACACAGGGAGGGGUCCUGUUCGUCACCAGACGUAUGCUAGUGGUGGACUUCCUCACUGACAGGAUGCCUGCACACUUCAUUUUGGGCAUCAGUGAACUCUGUCCAAAACAGACACAAGCCAGAGGUAGUGGAUGUGUGUCUGACCCUGGCUGUGAGGGCCAUCCAGAGCUCUGGACAUCAUGAACGCCUGUCUGAAGGAGCUGAAGUGCUACAACCCCACAAUGGUGACAGAGAAGCUCUCCCUGGAGAACAGCCUUGGGAAUACCUUC